UCCAGAUGUGACUGCAACUGGGGUCUUUCGCAAAGCAGCGCUCAGACCGCAAGCUGCGGAAGUGCACUGCCACCAGGACCCGACGUUACCGCGAACAGCACACAGCAACACGGCUUUGCCGGCCGCCACCGCUAGUCCCGCGCGGGGAGGCGGGGGUGGGUCGUCGCCUAGAAGGCGCAAGCGCGUCUCGCGCGGGAAGUGGUGCAUUAUGGGAGGCGCGCGCUUUUGCCGCUUCCGCGAAUAUGGCGGCGCCGUAGUCCGGGCGCGGGAUCCUGGGGCACGGGGAGGCUGCGGUACGCAGUCCGGGCGCGGUGAUGGCGACCCCGGAUCAGAAGUCGCCCAACGUCCUGCUGCAGAACCUGUGCUGCCGGAUCCUGGGCCGGAGCGAAGCUGAUGUCGCCCAGCAGUUCCAGUUUGCUGUGAGAGUCAUCGGCAGCAACUUUGCUCCAACUGUUGAGAGAGAUGAAUUUCUAGUAGCUGAAAAAAUCAAGAAAGAACUUAUUCGACAAAGGAGAGAAGCAGACGCUGCGUUGUUUUCUGAGCUGCACAGAAAGCUUCAUUCACAGGGAGUUUUGAAAAAUAAAUGGUCAAUCCUCUACCUCCUGCUGAACCUCAGUGAGGACCCUCGCAAGCAGGCCAGCAAGGUAACUAGCUAUGCUUCAUUAUUUGCACAAGCAUUGCCAAGAGAUGCUCACUCAACGCCUUACUACUAUGCCAGGCCUCAGACCCUCCCCUUGAACUACCAGGACCGCAGCACACAGGCACAGAGCUCCGGCAGCUUGGGCAGCAGUGGCAUCAGCAGCAUCGGCAUGUGUGGUCUCAGUGGCCCCACACCUGUGCAGCCUUUCCUCCCUGGGCAGUCUCAUCAAGCUCCGGGAGUCAGUGACGGCCUUCGGCAGCAGCUGGGGCCGCGUCUGGCGUGGACCCUGACUGCAAGUCAGCCUUCUUCGCAAACACCUACCUCCAAGGGUUUCCCGAAUGCCCUUUCCCGCAGCAUGACAAGGUCAAGGAGAGAAGGAGACCAGAAUGGCACGUUGGAAGUUACUGAAGCAGCACUUGUAAGAGAUAUUCUCUACGUAUUCCAGGGCAUCGAUGGCAAAAAUAUCAAAAUGAGCCACUCUGAAAACUGUUACAAAGUGGAAGGAAAGGCAAACUUAAAUAGAUCUUUGAGGGACACAGCAGUCCGGCUUGCAGAAUUGGGAUGGUUACAUAAUAAAAUCAGAAAAUACGCUGACCAGAGGAGUCUGGACCGCUCUUUUGGACUUGUGGGUCAGAGCUUUUGUGCUGCCUUGCAUCAAGAGCUCAAAGAAUACUACAGGCUCCUCUCUGUUCUGCACUCCCAGCUCCAGCUAGAGGACGACCAGGGUGUGAAUUUGGGACUGGAGAGUAGCCUCACACUGCGGCGCCUCCUGGUUUGGACAUAUGACCCCAAAAUAAGACUAAAGACCCUUGCUGCGCUGGUAGAUCACUGCCAAGGACGGAAAGGGGGUGAGCUGGCCUCUGCUGUUCAUGCCUACACAAAGACAGGAGACCCCUACAUGAAGUCCCUUGUGCAGCACAUUCUGAGUCUAGUGUCUCACCCUAUCCUCAGCUUCCUCUACCGAUGGAUAUAUGAUGGGGAGUUGGAGGACACUUACCAUGAAUUUUUCGUGGCAUCAGAUCCAACCGUUAAAACUGACCGACUGUGGCAUGACAAGUACACAUUGAGAAAGUCUAUGAUCCCUUCCUUCAUGACGAUGGACCAGUCUAGAAAGGUCCUUUUGAUAGGAAAGUCAAUAAAUUUCUUGCACCAAGUUUGUCACGAUCAGACACCAACUACAAAAAUGAUAGCUGUGACUAAGCCUGCAGAGUCCCCUGGUGAUGCUGCAGAUUUAGUCACAGACUUAGAAAACGCAUUUCAAGGGAAAAUUGACGCUGCUUAUUUUGAAACCAGCAAAUAUCUACUGGAUGUCCUCAAUAAGAAGUACAGCUUGCUGGAGCACAUGCAGGCCAUGCGGCGGUACCUGCUUCUCGGCCAAGGAGACUUCAUAAGGCACCUAAUGGAUUUGCUAAAACCAGAACUUGUUCGCCCAGCAACGACUUUAUAUCAACAUAACUUGACGGGGAUUCUUGAAACUGCUGUUAGAGCCACCAAUGCCCAGUUUGACAGCCCGGAGAUCCUUAGGAGGCUGGAUGUGAGGCUGCUGGAGGUCUCUCCAGGUGACACCGGGUGGGAUGUCUUCAGCCUGGAUUACCACGUUGACGGACCGAUUGCCACCGUGUUCACACGAGAAUGCAUGAGCCACUACCUGAGAGUGUUUAACUUCCUGUGGAGGGCCAAGCGCAUGGAGUACAUCCUCACGGACAUACGGAAAGGACACAUGUGCAAUGCGAAACUCCUAAGGAGCAUGCCAGAGUUCUCCGGGGUUCUGCACCAGUGUCACAUCCUGGCCUCCGAGAUGGUCCACUUCAUUCAUCAAAUGCAGUACUACAUUACCUUUGAGGUUCUCGAGUGCUCCUGGGAUGAGCUCUGGAACAGAGUGCAACAGGCUCAGGACCUGGACCACAUCAUCGCAGCGCACGAGGCGUUCCUGGACACCAUCACCUCCCGCUGUCUCCUGGACAGCGACUCCAGGGUACUUUUAAAUCAACUCAGAGCUGUGUUUGAUCAAAUUAUUGAACUUCAAAAUGCCCAAGAUGCAAUGUACAGAGCCGCUCUGGAAGAAUUACAGAGGCGGCUACAGUUUGAAGAGAAAAAGAAACAGCGUGAAAUCGAGGGCCAGUGGGGAGUGACGGCGGCAGAGGAAGAGGAGGAGAACAGGAGGAUCCGAGAAUUCCAGGACUCCAUACCAAAAAUGUGUUCACAGCUGCGAAUACUGGCGCACUUCUACCAGGGUGUUGUGCAGCAGUUUCUGGUGUUGCUGACGACCAGCUCUGAUGAAAGUCUCCGGUUUCUCAGCUUCAGGUUGGACUUCAAUGAACAUUACAAAGCCAGAGAACCCAGGCUCCGGGUUUCUCUGGUCGGUAGGGGGCGACGCAGUUCCCACACGUGAGACUGUUGCAGGGUUAUUAGCUGCCCACUGAAGCCCAGACCCUCCAGGCAGCUGGAGCUGCAGGUGCCCGUCUGCACGCAGGCCACAUGCUUCAGCACUAUGUCUGCUGGAAGAAGUCUCGUGACCCUCUGGACCUGAGUGUAAUGUGGCUGAGUUCAGCAGGCUGCUCACCUACAACGUAGUCUUCGUAGUUGAAGGACGCUGUGAUGUGUGGGAGCAUCUUAUUUCCAUCACGUAAUUUAUAUUUGUCACUUUAAAAAAACAACAAACUGUUUCUUGCCAAAACAGAAAACCUAGGACAGUGGUGUGUUCCUAAACUAACAGUAACGUCUGCUAUUUUUUAGCAUCCUCUGUAGAGACAGUUUUGUUACCAUGAUCACACUAAGUUGCAACGUGUCUCUAAGAAAAUACAUACAUGUUUUACUUUGGUUUUAGUGUUUGAAAUGAAACACUAGCCUGCAUAAGGACAUCGAUACCCAAGCAUCGCCCUUACACACUUGUUCUUACUUUCUCUUCCAAAGUUUACAUUUUUAUAUUUAGUUUGCUAUUUCAGAUAACCUGUAAAGCAGUACAAAAGAACAGGGCCAUGUGAAGCAAGGGUGGCUCGGCUGGCAGCGCCCAGCUGUACAGGCCACCAGCUGAGCAGCGUGGGUGCCAGUCAAGCAAGGCGGAAUCAUUUUAUUUUCAAAUUGUGAUAAGUGUCGGAAAGAAAAAAAUUGGAUAUUGGAGGUUUCCCUUCUCCUUGCCUAUUUUUUCAUUGUAAAUAUUUAUAUACUACUGACCAGAUGAUGAAGGGAACUGUUUUUUUGUAAAAAUGUCCUAUCCGGUCACAUAAUUAUGCCUUUUUUAUGUUGCAUAAGUGAGAACUUAGAGAAUUAAAAACCAUUAUCUUUCA